UCCAUCCUAGUUGCAACCAACUACGAAAUCGGCCGGUCAUGGAGGUCAAUGGGUGCGAUGAACAUCAGAAUUAUGAAAUACUUGCAGAGAUAGGCGAAGGCGCAUAUGGCAAAGUGUACAAGGCCAGAGAGGUCCGCGAUCAACAGCGACUCGUAGCGGUGAAGAAGUUGAACAUACCCGGACACACGGAGAGUGGGAUUCCUGCUUUCAUGAUCCGAGAGGUGGCGCUCUUGCGUAAGAUCGGGUAUUUCAACCAUCCCAACAUUGUGAAGUUGUUGGACGUAUCUGCUGGUCUGAAGAACAGGAGUUUGGACCUGACGCUGGUGUUUGAGUACAUCGACCAAGACCUGUCUACCUUCCUCACCACGGUCCCCAGCACUGGACUGAGUCUUGACAAAAUUAAGGAUGUGAUGGUGCAGCUGCUGCAGGGGCUGGACUUCCUGCACACCAACAUGCUGGUGCACCGGGACCUGAAGCCGGAGAAUGUACUGGUUAGUAGCCGUGGAGAGGUGAAGAUCGCUGACUUUGGGCUGGCGCGCAUCUACACCUAUCACAUCGCCCUUACACCCUGUGUGGUGACACUGUGGUACAGGGCCCCCGAGGUGCUGCUCCACUCUGGUUACAUGUCCUCCGUGGACAUGUGGAGCGCUGGCUGCAUUUUUGCCGAACUGUUCCUUUUGAGACCGUUGUUCCGUGGAUACACUGAGGCUCAGCAGCUCCAGAAAAUCUUUGAGGUGAUUGGCUUGCCCAGUGAGGAGGACUGGCCCAGGGAGAGCCCCAUCUCAUACUCCCGUAGCUGGUGCCCCAGAGACCCCUGCACCCAGCUCUUAUCCAACCUGGGCCAGGAGGAGAACAACCUGCUCCUUCAAUGUCUAGAGUUCAGCCCGACCAAUCGCAUCUCAGCUUCCAGAGCCCUCUCCCACCCUUUCCUGGUGUGCGCCUGAGGACUCAUAACCUGGCAGGAUGUGGAGAGGAGGGAGGAGAGCUGGGACAGAGGUUMAUUUCCCUUGGAAUCCUUUUACCUAGCCUAUAGAACACUGAGGGUUCUCGUGCCGUAAGAUCCGAUGUACCUAUACCGAAAUGUAGAAUKUUUUGGAAUGGAAGUAAAAGUGAAAAUAUUUAGAAGAUAAAUCUGCAGGUUAAGAAAUAAAGUGGSCACCAUGCCACUGUUUUGGUAAAAAGUUGAGAGAU